CACUGAAUGUCUGCUGAACGAAUCUGUGCAUCUGGAGCCUUCUGGGUCCAGAAUCAAGGUUGGGCAGACAGCAGUUUUGAGCUCACACACUCCCUGCCCUCAGGAGGCUGGGGACGACCAUCUCUCUGCCCUCGCUGGCCAGAAUGCCAGAGACCUGAUAAUCAGCGCUGGAACCAUUUCCCAGGUGGGAAACACCGAGGACAGGAGUUGCCUACAGUCGCGCAGCGAGUACAGAGCCAGAGCGGGAACCCUGGUCCAGGAGACUCGCACUUUGGACUCUCCACCCAAGGCAGUAGUGAGGCGUCGGAUGGUUUCUAUGCUGGAGACAAGGAAACUGAGGUCCAGAGAGAGCAAACAAAUGCCCAGGGUCAUAAAGUUACCAUCAUGAUCACCUACCGGGACCUCAUCAGCCAUGAUGAGAUGUUCUCUGACAUCUAUCAGAUCUGGGAGAUUGCGGAUGGGCUGUGCCUGGAGCUGAAGGGGAAGAUGGUCAGUAGGACAGAAGGUGACUUUGAUGACUCGUUCAUUGGUGGAAAUGCCUCCGCUGAAGGCCCGGACGGUGAAGGUACCGAAAGCAAUGUAGUCACUGUUGAUAUUGUCAUGAAUCAUCAUGAGCAGGAAACCAGCUUCACAAAAGAAGUGUGCAAGAAGUACAUCAAAGAUUACAUGAAAUCAGUCAAAGGGAAACUUGAAGAACAGAGCCCAGAAAGAGUAAUCUUUAUGACGGGGCCUGCAGAGCAAAUCAAGCACAGCCUUGCUCAUUUCAAAAACUACCGGUUCUUUACUGGUGAAAACAUCCAUCCAGAUGGCACGGCUGCUCUGCUGGACUGCCGCGAGGACGGUGUGACCCCACAUAUGAUUUUCUUUAAGGAUAGUUUAGAAAUGGAAAUAUGUUAACACAGUUGGCCAUGGGAAUCCAUCACCCGUCACCAUCCUAACUAGCUGCUGCUUUUCAUUCACACAGCAGGACAAGGACAGAUGGGACUGGUGUUACCUUGAGCUCUUUGUUUAUUUGAUCUUGAUUUAUUUGGAGUUGAUGCAUUGUUGUUGAGAAAAACAUGUGUCACGCAGGGUACCAUGCGGGGUCUCUAGUCCCGCUCCCCACAUAAAAAUGCAGGAUAUGGUGAGGCCAAAAAGGAACAC